AGAUCACUAAAGAUGGCUUCUGGUAUGUUCAUGGUAACAACUGACACAGUGCUAAGAGAGUCGUCGAGGAUGUUUGACAAAACGAAGAAUGAGAACAUUGUAUUUCGAAAAUUUUUCAAGCUCUGCUCAAUUAUUGAAGGGUAUAUGACCACAAAAGACUUCAAAGAAAAAGCUAUGCAACAGCAAGCACUAAAUGAGCUUAACUGACCUAUGGUUUAUCAUUCAAGAAUUGUGUCUACAACUGGCUCGCACUGUCAGCGAGAAGACUUCUCUUUGAUGCAUUUUUCCCUUCAGGUUGUAACUAGUACUAACAUUUCCAAAUUAGCUAACGUUACCCUCGGUCCUCAAGUCCGUGAUGGCUCCCAAGUCUUUGGUGUUGCCAGAAUCUUCGCUUCUUUCAACGAUACUUUCGUCCAUGUUACCGAUUUGUCUGGUAAGGAAACCAUCUCCCGUGUUACUGGUGGUAUGAAGGUCAAGGCUGACCGUGACGAGUCCUCUCCAUACGCUGCUAUGUUGGCUGCUCAAGACGUUGCUGCUAAGUGUAAGGAGGUUGGUAUCACUGCUGUUCACAUCAAGUUGAGAGCUACUGGUGGUACUAAGACCAAGACCCCAGGUCCAGGUGGUCAAUCCGCUUUGAGAGCUUUGGCUAGAUCCGGUUUGAGAAUUGGUAGAAUUGAGGAUGUCACCCCAGUUCCAUCUGACUCUACUAGAAGAAAAGGUGGUCGUCGUGGUAGAAGAUUGUGAUUUGUUUACAAUCAUCAAAAAAACUUUCAUGACCACUACUUACCUAUCAUAUCAAUCCAUCGGUUUCAAAGAGCAUCUUUCAAGUAUGCUUCAUGGGAUAUACUUUGCAACUUGUUUUAUGUAAGAAGUUUCUAAUUUGUACGUUACUUUGAAAA